AUGGAAGAUGAUAUUGAUGACUUUUACAACAUCAGCCAACUGCUCAUGGAGCAAGACAGAGAAAUGCAAUAUAGUACAGAAUUGGGUCAUGAAUCCAACAGUACAGAAACAAUUUCAGGCAGCAGUGAAGCAAGUACUCAGCAAGAGACAGAAACAGGGGAAUCAGAUGCAGAGGCAGAGGGUCAGAACCAAGAGGAACAUAAUGCAAGGCAGAACAGAGAACUCAACAUCAAUGAAAAGAGGCAAAUAGUUGAUGAUAUACUGAUACACAUGGAAGGGGACUCUCUUCCAUGUGGCAUGCUGUCCUCUUUGGCAAGAAAACAUGGAGUACAUAGAUCAACAACAGGCAGAUGGUUCCAAGAAAUAAAGAAACACAUUCAAUUAGGUGAUGUAGUAGAUGUCAGGAGCAAAAAGUUAGGCAAGACUGGUCCCAAGCCUAAGGAAUACUCUGAUGAGUGGCUUAUGUCUGUGCCACUUUACAAGAGGACUACUAACAGAAGCUAUGGUGCAGCACUGAAAGUCAAUCAUGUGGUCAUACACAGAUUAAAGAAAAAAGGCAGAUUAAGGGCAGUCACAACAACUAAUCACCCAGCUUUAAGUGAUAAUCACAAAGUUGCAAGGUUAAAAUGGGUGUUGCAACAUAUCAAUCCAGUACCAAGUGAAGGGGACCCAUCAUUUAUGGACUUGCAACAUCAUAUUCACAUUGAUGAAAAGUGGUUCUACUUGAACCCAGAGACAAGGACCUUUUACCUAACACCUAAUGAAGAGGUACCUUACAGAGCACAACAAUCAAAGAGGUUCAAAUUGAAGACCAUGUUCAUGGGUAUGAUUGGUAAGCCUCUUUAUGAUGAGGAUGGGACUCUACUUCACUCAGGGAAGUAUGGACUUUUCCCUUUUGUGAAGUAUGAAAGAGCAAAGAAAAAAAGCAAAAACAGAGAGGCAGGCACACUGGAAACAAAAGUCAUUCAAAAUGUCAACAGAGAAGCAAUCAGAGAUAUGAUCAUGAACAAGAUAAUUCCAACAAUUCAUGCUCAAUGGCCACAACAGUUAUCAAAGAACAUAGUAAUUCAGUGGGACAAUGCAAGGCCCCAUCAAGUGCCCACAUAUGCUGAUUUUUUGGCAGCCACACAAGCUAAUGGUUUUAACAUUAAGUUUGUUUUUCAACCUGCCCAAUCCCCAGACCUCAAUGUUUUGGACCUUGGUUUAUUUAAGGGGCUCAACCAGACACACAUGACAUGGAAGUGGAUACUGAUUGACAAUGAAGCAUCCAAACAACAUUUUGAAGAAGAAUAUGCAAGGGGACAACAUUUUGAAGAUGCAAGCCAGAAGUGUUUUGUGAAUGAAUAUGCAACAAAGAAGCACACUGAAGAUCAUGGACUGCCACAUAUAACCAUUUAG